AUGAUGAAGGACCUGAUGUCGCGGAAAUUUGACUUCCAGGACCUGUCCACUGUAACUCUGACACAGACCUGCAGCGCGGUAGUGACAAGACCUAUGGCCCAAAAGGUGUCUGAUCCAGGUAGCUUCACUAUCCCAUUCACUAUUGGGAGUUAUGCUUUUGCUAAAGCAUUAGCUAGACCGACCUCAAUGUUGCUGCAACUGGCUGAUCGCACAGUCAAAAGACCGACAGGAAUUCUUGAUGAUGUACUUGUGCAAGUGGGGAAAUUUGUAUUUCCUACAGACUUUGUUAUUCUUGACUGUCAGGUGGAUGAAGAGAUACACAUCAUUCUGGGAAGGCCAUUCUUAGCCACUAGGAGAGCAUUAAUUGAUUGUGAGACUAGAGAGUUGAAAAUGAGGUUGAACAAUGAAGAAAUAAUAUUCAACAUUCAACAAUCCAUGAGGAGACCCAGUGAAUUUGCAAACUGCUCACUAGUGGAGGCCGUGGAUGUGAUACCGCAAGAAAAGGAUGAGACCCUUAAUGUCAAGGAUCCACUAGAAGCCUGA